CCGAGUGAGAUCCUGUGGAAAACAAAGUGUUGCAGAACGACUGUGACAUAAUGGAACCAAAGUCCAGUCGAGUGCACAUGCCUCGGAAAGUCAUUGACGUCAGGUGACACUCUGCUGCCAUCUAGCGGCCGCAAACUUUGGCGGCGGCGGCGGCGGGAGCGUUUGAACAAUGGCGGCUGCGGCGUCUUCGCGAGGCGUCAAUGGCGAGCGGACGUGGGAAGUUUUUGCCGAGAUUGUUGGAGGGUCAGCAGCCGGAACCGGACUGGUGGCUCCCCGGGGGUCCAAUAAGUCAGCCAAUUGGCCGGGCUCACGACAGACACCAAGAAACAAGAAGAAAUGAAGCCAGGGAAUGUUUAACACAAGUCGAUUCUUUCAAGACAUCGUUGAAACUUGCUCUGGAAAGGCUGCCGCCUGAGAUCCUGAUGAAGAUCCUGUCCCACCUGGACGCCGCCUCGUUGCUGAGCCUCUGUCAGGUCAACAAGCUCUUCUGCCGCCUCGCCAACGACGACGCCACGUGGUACAAGAUUUACAUGGCCCACUUCGCGUGGGAAUUGUGGCGGCCCAAGGCCACGGAGGACGGCGCGGACAGGGCGGCGGAACCGCAGGAGCGCCCGCCGGGCGGCUGGAAGAAGAGGUACCUGUGGAAGAUGGGCGGACAGGAGCUCAGCAAGUGGCAGAGGGAAACCAGAAACUUUGACCCCUUAACCGGGCUGCCUCAGCACCUUGGGCGCAUCCUCAGGAACAUCAACGUGGUGUGGGAGGUGACGCUGCGGGACGGCCUGGGCCGAGAGGCGACUCCGCCGCUGAGCGCGGUGUCCAUCUUCAAGACGUCUGUCACCUUCUCCUGGGGCGGAAGUCUCCUCGUGCGCCACCCGCACGUCUGCGCCAUCCGGCUGAGCGCCGUGCGGAAGGACGCGCACGGCGAGCCCAAAGCGGCUUGGCGCUCGCUCAUUUGCCGGACGGACGCGGAGGCCGACGGACGCCCGCGCGGCCACCUCCUGGGCAAAGACAGGCUGGUCCAGGUCAUGUUCUUCCCGCCGGCUUUCAUCGUUGGCUUCUGGAGGGGUCAGAAAAGCGUGGCCUUCGUCACGGUCAGCCUGCACUUGGACAAGCUGCUGGAGAGGACUCUGCUGGGAUCUCCAGUCUGUUGUUACUGGGAGCCCGAGGAGCGCCGGUGUGCCGAUUUGGGGACGCGCACGUACACGCUGCACUUCGGCCUGCACGACACGACCUCUGACAUCAUGUCGGCGUACUUCAAUCCUCUCUACUGCAGACCAGUUGGGGGGCGCUGCCUGGCGGAGCUGCGGCCCAUCGACAGAGGCGACGUUUCCCAGCACCGCCUGCUGUCCGGGGACAUCCGGCUUCUUUGGAAGAGCGACUCGCUGGAAGGUUCCUUGGAGAAUUGCUGCGUGAUGACGCUGACGGUGCUGGAGGUCUACACGCCGCUGUGGUGCGUCAGCGUACCCGUGUGCGUCAGGACAGCCGGCAAGCCUCAGAAAAGCUUCUCCGACAACUACUCGGACGGCGAGCACUUCCUGUUGGUCCACAAAGACGCCCGCGGCCUGGUGAAGAUGGCGCUGGUGUGGCUGAAGGAGCAGAGGCAGGUGUUUGUCGUCGACCUGGCGGUCAGUGUGUUCAAAAACGAAGGCGCCAGGUACUAAAUACCCUCCUAUGUCUGUUUGUUUCUUUGGUGAGGUGUGAUUUCUUUUUGGCAAGAAGCAAACUUUUGUUGUGUUCUGACACUUCUGUUAUGGAAUAAAAGUCCCGCUUGCUUAAUCAGCGGUGCCGUUUCUGAAAAGAUCACUUUGAACUUGUGUGGACCCGAGCAAGCAGCUACAGUUGACCCGCGUGAACUCAAUCAGAUGAAUCUGUACAAGUUGAAGGGAGGCAACUGGAUUUGUGCCAUCACAAUGUCCUGACAUCUUUUCCCCCAAAGUGACUUACGUGGCCAUGAACGAGUAGAUUAUUAUUUUUUUUAAACCUCAGAAGCAAAUGCCGUCAUCGGGCGUGACGUCCCAGUGCUACGUGUAAAGAGUGCAAUGGAUUAAAAUUAAAACAUGUUCAACACCCAAGAAGACCCCAGUUGCCUCCACUCAACUUUUGUGGCUUACCGUGGCCGGAUACCAAUCUACAUGAUACAUAAUCAGAUGAAGAACAUUUGAUUUUAUUUUCACUCCC